GCUUUAGGUUUUGUAUCUGCUCUUUAAAGUAAGCAAUUUGGACACGGGCGGAAUUAUUUACACGCGACACAGUCAGAUGACGUCGGAGAAAGGAAAACAUAAAGUUAACGUGUUGUCUAUGUUAACAUUGUAUGUUGUUGUUAUGAAGUCGCUCCUUUAAAAAAUGGUUUCAGGUUUUUUUUGUUCGUUUGUUUUAGCUUGAUAGAUUAGCUGAGAUUAGGUCACUCUGGUUCUGGCUACGAUACCCUUUGAGCUCACAGGAGAAAAAAAAAAGUUAACAUGUUUCUCACCCAAGUAAAAAUCCUACCAAGGCUCCUGCGGCGAAAACACACGUUUGACUCCACUCCUCUGUUUGGAAAAGCAUCGUUUUCCAGACUCGUUUUAGGCAUUGAGACAAGCUGUGAUGACACUGGAGCUGCUGUACUGGAUGAGACUGGUGCAAUACUGGGAGAGUCUCUACAUUCACAGAAAGAGGUACAUCUGAGGUCUGGUGGCAUCAUCCCCACAGUAGCACAGCAGCUCCACAGAGAAAACAUAGAGCGUGUGGUUCAGGAAGCUUUGGAGAGGAGCUGCGUGACCCCUGGACAGCUCUCGGCUGUGGCCACCACAGUAAAGCCAGGUUUGGCCCUGAGCUUGGCCAUCGGUCUGGAAUUCAGUCAGAGGUUUGUGAGGCAGCACAAUAAGCCCUUCAUCCCCAUCCACCACAUGGAGGCCCACGCCCUGACAGCCAGGAUGCUCCAGCCUGUUUCCUUUCCCUUCCUGGUCCUGCUUGUUUCAGGGGGUCACUCGCUUCUUGCCGUGGCUCGAGGAGUUGAUGACUUUCUGCUUUUGGGUCACACGUUAGAUAUAGCCCCUGGGGAUGCACUUGAUAAGGUGGCCAGACGUCUGUCUCUAAUUAAACACCCACAGUGCUCCACACUGAGUGGAGGACAAGCUAUAGAGCUUCUAGCAAAGGACGGUGACAGGACGUUGUUCCCUUUUAAGACUCCUAUGGGACAAACUUAUGACUGCUGCUUUUCUUUCGCCGGAUUACACAAUCAAAUUACAUUGACAAUAAAGAAAAAAGAGGCUGAGGAAGGUGUAGAACAGGGGACAUUGCUCAGAUGUGUGAAUGACAUUGCAGCGGCCACACAGCACACUGUUGCUUCUCAUCUUGCAAAGCGUACACAUCGAGCCAUCUUAUUCUGUAAGACAAACAACCUGCUGCCGUCAAAUAAUCCCUCUUUGGUGUUGUCUGGAGGAGUUGCGAGUAAUCAGUACAUCCGUAAAGUAUUGACGAGCAUCACUGAGACGACCGGACUACAACUGUUCUGCCCUCCACCCAAAUACUGCACCGACAACGGGGUGAUGAUUGCAUGGAAUGGUGUUGAGCGUCUUCGAGAAGGUAAAGGGAUACUGCCACCACACGUGGACGUGCGCUAUGAGCCAAAGGCACCACUGGGUGUUGACAUCACAGCGGAGGUGAAGGCAGCAGCGAUCAAGCUGCCAUCAGUCAGGAUGAAAAUCCCGACCGAUGGCUAGAUUUUCACAGAUCAGUGUGUUUACGGCGUAUGUUGUUUAAAGGCUGAUUUCACCUAUUUAUUAAUAAAUGUAUUUUUAUACAUA